GCUCGCUCUGUGCAGCGCGGGCGGUUUGAAAACCAUUAAUACUAGUUGAACGUUGUGAUGGAAGAAAGGUCUGCGAGCACUGCUCCAGUAAAUUAAUAAUUUAAUAAAAUAAGGACUUUUAAUACAGAUAUAUCUGUUGGUAAGAUGUCGGCAUCGGCGGAGGAGUCGGCGGUGAAGGUGUGCGUUAGAGUCCGACCGCUCAUCGAACGGGAGGAGAGAGCUACUGCAGAGGACUCUGUGCCAGUGCCUCUCUACUGGAAGGCCGACAGAAAGUCUAUCCACCAGUUAGACGAUGGGGUCACAACAAAGAGCUUCAGCUAUGAUCGGGUGUUCAGCUCCAGUGAGACCACCAACCACCUCUACCAGGACAUCGCCAAGCCCCUGGUGGUGUCCGCCGUCGAGGGAUACAAUGGAACCAUCUUUGCGUACGGCCAGACCUCCUCCGGGAAGACCUUCACCAUGAUGGGCAGCAAGCUGGUUCCAGGUGUCAUCCCCCUGUCCAUGGAGGAGGUCUUCCAGACCAUUCAAAACUACCCCCAGAAGGAGUUUCUUCUGCGGGUGUCCUACAUGGAGAUAUACAACGAGACGGUGACCGACCUGCUGGUGGACAGCUGGAAGAGGAAGCCACUGGAGGUCCGCGAGGCCCUCAACAAGAACAUCUACGUGGCCGACCUGACGGAGGAGCUGGUGACGUGUCCGGCUCAAGCCCUCGCCUGGGUCUGCAAGGGAGAGAAAAACCGGCACUAUGGGAAGACCAAGAUGAACGAGAGGAGCAGUCGCUCUCACACCAUCUUCAGAAUGAUCUUGGAGAGUCGUGAGAAGAGCGACCCAGCCUCCGGGGAUAACUCUGAGGGCGCCAUCAUCGUCUCCCAUCUGAACCUAGUCGACCUGGCCGGCUCAGAAAGGGCCAGCCAGACCGGGGCGGAAGGCGCUCGCUUUAAGGAAGGCUGCAACAUCAACCGAAGCCUCUUUACCCUCGCCCAGGUCAUCAAGAAACUGUCUGACGAGAGCCAGAGGGGCUUCACCAACUACCGAGACAGCAAGCUGACCCGCAUCCUGCAGAACUCCCUGGGGGGCAACGCCAAGACGGUCAUCAUCUGCACCAUCACCAUGGCCGCCCUGGAGGAGACCCUCAGCACCCUGCAGUUUGCUAGCACGGCCAAGAAGAUGAAGAACGACCCCCACGUGACGGAGGUCUCUGACGACGGAGCGCUGCUCAAGAGAUACCGAAACGAGAUCGUCGACCUGAAACGCCGCCUGCAAGAGGUGUCCUCGGUGACCCAUGUGACGGCCACGGAGAAGGAGACGCUGUCCCAGCUCCUGCAGGAGAAGGACCAGCUGCAGAAGGAGCAGCAGGACCGCAUCAAGAACCUCACCAAGCUGCUGGUCACCGGCUCCAGUCUCAUGCCCGCCAAGAAGAUCCCUAAGAGGAGAGUCACAUGGGGUGGAAAGCUGGUCCGAUUGUCUGGAACCACAGAAUGUGACGUGGGCCAGUCGGAUCUUAGCUUUGCCGAGCAUUUCAGCCGCAAGAGGAAAGCAGACAGUUCUUCAAUGGAGCUGCUGGAAGAGGACGAGGAGUUUGAUUCCCGCUGGGAGAUCCCUGAGGAGUACUCCUUUACCACGGACACUGGGAGCGUCCGAGCCCACGGAGACAGCUCUGAUUUUGUCUCUCCGAGCGGAUCGGGGAAGAAGGAGGCCGACCUGGAACGACAGCUGGAGGAGGAGAGGGGCGAGAGGGAGGAGGCGCAGGCCAACGUCGCCUCUCUGGAGGGACGGCUGGAGGCGGAAAGGGGCGAGAGGGAGGAGGUGCUGGCUAAGCUCUCCUCGCUGGAGGGGCGGCUUGAGAAGGAGAGGGGCGAGAAGGAGGAGGUGCUGGCUAAGCUCUCCUCGCUGGAGGAGGAGAGGCGAGAGAAGGAGGAGGUGCUGGCUAAGCUCUCCUCGCUGGAGGAGGAGAGGAGUGGGGGGGAGGAGGUGCUCUCCAGGGCCGCCUCUCUGCAGCAGCAGGUGGAGUUGCUGGCCAGGGAGAAGCGGGAGGCGUGGGAGGAGGUGGAGCGGCUGGAGCAGAGGGCCCUGGAGCUGGAGGUGCAGCGCUCGGCCCAGGCCCAGGAGCAGCAGGAGCAGGUGCAGAUGCUGGAGCUCCGACUGGCAGAUCUGCAGGAGCAGAGCCACACGGAGGCCGAGCCAGAUGAACAGAUGAAGAAGGAGUUUGCAGAAACCAUCCGAAUGUGUGAGACUCUGGUUUCAGAGAAGGAGAUGGUGUUUGCCGAGAGGGACUACCUGCGUCAGGAGAUGGAGCUCCUGCUCGGGCAGGUGUCCUCCCUGGAGAAGGAGAAGGGGUCCCUAGCCCAGGAGCUGCGGGACUUCAAGGAGCUGGAGGAGUUCAAAGCCCUGGAGGACGACUGCAGCGAUGACGAGAAGAGAGUGUUGCAGAAUGAAAUCGUUACCUUGAAGAGCAACGUUGAAUCCUGGGAAAGAAAGUGCAGAGAUCUGGAGUCUCAGCUGGGCUCCAUGUCCGGUAAGCUGGCCAAGAAGUCCUCCUGGGCCCAGGAGCUGGAGUCGAUGCAGGGGAAGGACCUGUUGCAGGAGGUGUCUGAGCUGCGGCGCUCGCUGGACGAUGCAGAGGUUCUGGGUCGAGACAACAGGAAGGAGUGGGCCGUGCUGCGCAGCCAGAACCUGAGCCUCAAGGAGAGAGACGUGGAGCUGAGCUCCAGCCACCAGCAGAUGGUGGUGGAGGUGGGCGGUCUGCGGUCCCAGCUGGAGAAGGAGAAGAGCCGCUUCAAGAGCAUGCAGACGGACCUCCAGAAGGAGCUCACCAUGGCCUUCAAGGAGAACACCAAGCUCACCGCGCUGUUGGACGGGAAGGUCCCCAGUCAUCUGUUGGAGAACGUUCAUCUUGAGGGAACGAUAGCCUCCCUCAACGAGGAGCUGGUCGCCCGGUUGGAGGCGGAGUCAGCUCUGAGGGAGGAGCUGAAGACGUCCCAGGAGGCAGAGUCAGCUCUGAGGGAGCAGCUGAAGACGGCCCAGGAGGCGGAGUCAGCUCUGAGGGAGGAGCUGAAGAUGGCCCUGGAGGCGGAGUCGGCUCUGAGGGAGGGGCUGAAUACGGCCCAAGAGGCGGAGUCAGCUCUGAGGGAGGAGCUGAAUACGGCCCAGGAGGCGGAGUCGGCUCUGAGGGAGGAGCUGAAUAUUGCCCAGGAGGCGGAGUCAGCUCUGAGGGAGGAGCUGAAGAUGGCCCAGGAGGCGGAGUCAGCUCUGAGGGAGGAGGUGUCUUGCUCGGAGCAGCAGUGCUCUUUACUGGAGGGUCAGCUAAGAGGUCUGCUGGAGGAGAAGGUGGCCCUGAAGGAGGAGAAGGAGACCCUUCAGGAGGAGAAGGAGACUCUUCAGGAGGAGAAGGAGACUCUUCAGGAGGAGAAGGAGACUCUUCAGGAGGAGAAGGAGACUCUUCAGGAGGAGAAGGAGACCUUAAAGGAGGAGAAGGUGGCCCUGAAGGAGGAGAAGGAGACUCUUCAGGUGGAGAAGGAGACUCUUCAGGUGGAGAAGGAGACUCUUCAGGAGGAGAAGGAGACCUUAAAGGAGGAGAAGGUGGCCCUGAUGGAGGAGAAGGAGACUCUUCAGGUGGAGAAGAAGACUCUUCAGGAGGAGAAGGAGACUCUUCAGGUGGAGAAGGAGACUCUUCAGGAGGAGAAGGAGACUCUUCAGGUGGAGAAGGAGACUCUUCAGGAGGAGAAGGAGACUCUUCAGGAGGAGAAGGAGACCUUAAAGGAGGAGAAGGAGACCCUGAAGGAGGAGAAGGUGGCCCUGAUGGAGGAGAAGGAGACUCUUCAGGAGGAGAAGGAGACCUUAAAGGCGGAGGAGGAGACUCUUCAGGAGGAGAAGAAGACCUUAAAGGAGGAGAAGCAGGCCCUGCAGGAGAACAUCUCCCACCAUGAACCCUCUAGGAGCCUGGAGGAGCAGAUCCAGGGCUCCGUCAGUGGUCCAGAGGAGGUGGAGGGAGUGGUGUCUGCUCCCAGCCAGGAGAGCUCCCCGCUGCAGUCGCUGCUGGCGGCCCUGAGAGAGGAGAAGGAGACCUUAAAGGAGGGGAUGGCGGCCCUGAGGGAGGAGAAGGAUCAGCUCCAGAUGGACCUUCUGGAGAACGUUGACAUGAUGAUCGAGAACCAGGACGAGCUUCGCAGCGCUCUGGGGACGAUCAAUAAGCAGAAGGAGCAAAUCAGAGGCCUGGUGAGCCUCCCAACAGCCAAUCAGAACGCUCCCGCACUGGACUCGGCUCAUAUUGAAGACCUUCAGAACCAAGUGAAAGCUCUCCAUGCGGAGCUGGAGUCGGUGAGGUCAGAGAGGCACAGCCAGAGCUCCGACGGUGGUCGGGAGGAGGUGGACAGACUGGUGUCUGAGGUGUCCGCUCUCAGCCUGGAGAGGGAGCAGCUGCAGGCGCUGCUGGAGGCCCUGAGAGAGGAGAAGGCUCAGCUCCGAGAGGAGAUGGACGACAAGAUCCAGAUGAUACUACUGCAGCAGCAGCCUGGUAUCGGCCAGCAGCCCUCACUGAGCGAUGAGCUGGGAUCACUGGACCAGUACAGGAUGGACGACCUCCAAGGACCACUAGAGUCCGUUACUGAAGAGAAGGACCGCUUGGAGAGAGAGGUCCAGCUCAGCAUGGAAAAGGUGAAGGCGCUCCACGAGGAGCUGCAGUCGGUGAGGUCAGAGAGGGACAGCCAGAGCUCCGUCGGCGGUCAGGAGGAGGUGGACCGACUGGUGUCUGAGGUGUCCGCUCUCAGCCUGGAGAGGGAGCAGCUGCAGGCGCUGCUGGAGGACCUGAGAGAGGAGAUGGUCCAGCUCAGAGAGAAGCUGGAGGACAAGACCCGAAUGGAGGUGGAGGACACGUGCUCUCAGACGGAGGUGGAGGUGGUGCUGAGGCCCCAGGAGGUGGAGGAGACGUCCUCUCAGACGGAGGUGGAGGUGGUGCUGAGGCCCCAGGAGGUGGAGGAGACGUCCUCUCAGACGGAGGUGGUGGUGCAGGACUAUGAGGCCCAGCUACAAGAGCUCAAACAGCAGAUCCAGAGCCUGUCCGCUGAGCUGCAGUCGGUGAGGUCAGAGAGGGUCAGCCAGAGCUCCAUCGGCGGUCUGGAGGAGGUGGGCAGACUGGUGUCUGAGGUGUCCGCUCUCAGCCUGGAGAGGGAGCAGCUGCAGGCGCUGCUGGAGGCCCUGAGAGAGGAGAAGGCUCAGGACAAAAUCCACAUGGAUCAGGUCAAUCUGGAGCAGAGGGCUGACCACCAGGAGAAGGAGGAUCUCCUUGCACAGCAGAUCCAGCAGCUGGACAAACAACUCACCGAAAUCAGGAUGGAGAGGAGUGAGCUCCAGGAGGAGCUGGCCCAUAUGGAGGAGGAGAAGACUGGACUCCAGGAGGAGCUGGCCCGUAUGGAGGAGGAGAAGACUGGACUCCAGGAGGAGCUAGCCCAUAUGGAGGAGGAGAAGACUGGACUCCAGGAGGCGUUGGCCCGCAUGGAGGAGGAGAAGACUGGACUCCUGGAGGAGUUGGCCCGUAUGGAGGAGGAGAAGACUGGACUCCAGGAGGAACUGGCCCAUAUGGAGGAGGAGAAGACUGGACUCCAGGAGGCGUUGGCCCGUACGGAGGAGGCGAAGACUGGACUCCAGGAGGCGUUGGCCCGCACGGAGGAGGUGAAGACUGGACUCCUGGAGGCGUUGGCCCGCAUGGAGGAGGUGAAGACUGGACCCCUGGAGGCGUUGGCCCGCACGGAGGAGGAGAAGACUGGACUCCAGGAGGAGCUGGCCCGUAUGGAGGAGGAGAAGACUGGACUCCAGGAGGAGCUAGCCCAUAUGGAGGAGGAGAAGACUGGACUCCAGGAGGCGUUGGCCCGUAUGGAGGAGGAGAAGACUGGACUCCAGGAGGCGUUGGCCCGUAUGGAGGAGGAGAAGACUGGACUCCUGGAGGCGUUGGCCCGUACGGAGGAGGCGAAGACUGGACUCCAGGAGGCGUUGGCCCGCACGGAGGAGGAGAAGACUGGACUCCAGGAGGAGCUGGCCCGCAUGGAGGAGGAGAAGACUGGACUCCAGGAGGAGCUGGCCCGUAUGGAGGAGGAGAAGACUGGACUCCAGGAGGAGCUGGCCCGUAUGGAGGAGGAGAAGACUGGACUGCAGGAGGAGGUGGGCAGGAGCUUAGAGGAGAACAGGGCCUUCAAGGAGGAGGUGUCCACCAUCACGAAGGAGAAGACUGGACUGCAGGAGGAGUUGGCCCAUAUGGAGGAGGAGAAGACUGGACUUCAGGAGGUGGUGACCCGUAUGGAGGAGGAGAAGACUGGACUGCAGGAGAAGUUGGCCCGUAUGGAGAAGGAGAAGACUGGACUGCAGGAGAAGUUGGCCUAUGUGGAGAAGGAGAAGACUGGACUGCAGGAGGUGCUGGACCGUUUAGAGGAGGACAAGACUGGUCUCCAGGAGUCGAGGAACCGUAUGGAGGAGGAGGAGGAGAAGACUGGCCUCCGGGAGGUGGUGACCAGGAGGGCAGAGGAGGACACAACUCGACGCCUCAAGGAGUCCGACGAGAGCUUCCAGCUGUUCAUCGGCAGAUGUUGCACUCUGAGCAUGGCUCCACUGGAACAGACCUUAGUGGAUAUCUCUGUGGUCAAGGACCAGCACCUCCUGGCCCUCCCCAAGGCCCUCGUCCAGCUCUACAACCAGAUCUUGGAAAACAACAGCCAGGCCAACCAGGGCCUGAGGGACACCAUGACGGUGCUGAAGGGCCACGCUAGCGUGUUCCGGGACGUCAUGGAGGAGCUGGUGCACGGCGACCUGGGGGUGCUGGAGCAACAGCGGCUGCAGGACGUCCUGCUGAGCGCCCCGGUUACCCCCGACGACGACCUCCACGCCCAAUGGGAGCGCAGACUCCCUGCACUGCUAGACCGCAGGGAGCGCCACCUGCAGAGAACGUCGUCCUUGCUGGAGGGGCUGGAGCAGAGCCUGGGGUCCGUGCCCCGCAGCAUGGCCGCCCAGCUGGGGGAGACGGGUCACUUCCUGCAGGGUCUGAGGGACGCCUGCAGCCACGCACCCCUGGACCUCCGCGCCGUGGAGGACCUUCUGACCGCCGAGGCGGAACGCUCGUCCAAUGCUGCUCAACUCAGUACCAACACUCUCCAGGUUAUACUAGAGACCCAGGGACGAGUCUGUCAGGAGCUGGAGGAGCUGAAGGUGGAGACCACCAAUGUGCUGGAGGAGGAGAGGAGCAAGACCUCCGCCCUGCUGGGUGUGGACAGCGCUGCCCUGGACCCGGGCCAGCUGGAGCUCCUCAGGGACAACCAGAAGCUCCUCCUACAGCUGCACCGCUCCCAGGAGCAGCUCACAGCCCUGCGCCGGGAGCUGGAGGGGCUGGAGGAGGCCCAGCGGAGGUCCAGUGAGCGGCUGACCAUCAACAAGAGGACCACCCAGCUGCUGCAGACGGAGCUGCAGGACGCCUGCGCCAAGAUCCACGACAAGGAGACGGCCAUCAACACCCUCAGGGGCAAGCUGCGGCUGUCAGAGGAGGCCCAGGCGCAGAUGCAGGCGCCUCCUAGUAUCCUAGAGCGGGAGGAGCUCCGGGGCAAGGUGCUAAAGCUGGAGGUGGAGGUCACCUCAGUCACCACCAAGCACCAGAAAGAGGUGAAGAGUCUGAGCAGUCUGCUGAACAUCAAGGAGGAGUCUCUGAGGAAGCUCCGAGAGACUCUGAGGAAGUCCCAGAAGGAGCAGCAGGAGUCCUUCCUGCAGGGCGAGGACCUGUACUGCCGGCUCACCCACCCCGAGGGGUCCAAGGUCCAGACCAGCGGCUCCCUGGAGAGGUCCAAGCUGGAGGAGGAGAUCAGGCUGCUGCAGCUGAAGGUCACUGAGCUGCAGAGUCUGCUGUCCAGUCAGAAGGCGGAGAUCAGCAGCCACCAGGCAGAGAUCUCCAAGUGGCAGUCCAGGGCCCGGACCCUGAAGGAGAAGACCAAGGCCAUGCGGCCUCACCUGGCGGCCCCCACCACGCCCUCCAAGAGGGGGCUGUUACCCGACGACGCCGCCGCCGCCGACUCCGCCGCCUCAGACUCCGCCCUCUUCUGCUGCUCCCCCAAGAAGUUCCACAGGGCUCUGGACUCCCCGCGGAGGGGGGGGGACUCCCCGCGGAGGGUCCUGGAGGCUCCGGUCAACGUCCCGGACCCCAACCAGACCUACGGCGUGGACUCCACAGAGUUCCUCAGGUCCACCCUCGCCCGGCCCAAGCAGUUCUUUGAUAACUCCACACUGGGCAUCAAUCCAGGUUCUUCUUCUGCCGUGGAGCAGAAAGAGGAGAUGUGGCCUAUGUCUCCGAAAAAGGAGGAGAUGUGCACCUCUCAAUGAGAACCUCACCAUCCAACACCUGCUCAGCCAUGUGGAAAUCAGAAGGGGACAUUGAAAGACUGUUUUAAAUUGUGAAAUGCACUUUAUGAUAUUCUGAACAAGAGUGGGGCCACUCGCAGUAGGAGACCGUCCGAUAGCGGUCCAGAUCAUUGGCCGGAUCACCUCAGGAGAAGGAAUGUGGGAUGGAUCUCUUUUGCUUUUGUAAUGGGUGGUCAUGUCACCCUCUGUUUUCUCUGUUUUGUGGAUACUUUAGUUUUAAAUUGGGCUUGUUCAUCUUGUUACCUGCAUUGUAAAAAGCUUGGAACACAUCAUUUCAUUACCAGCAAGGAUUAAAAUAAUACUGCCUUUUAAUUCACUGCAUUUGACAGAUUUAGAAGUUGAACUUAACUCUACCGACUGGUUUGGUGGGACGGCCUCGAUCCUAUAUAAAGUUACUCACAAUAUGUAUGGUUUUGGGCUCAAACCCCGGUUAAAAAAAUUAAUGAUCUUGAUUCCGGUGGAUUACGAAUGUAUGAUCAGAACAAAUAAACAAGUAAAAAGUU